UAAAAAGGUAAGCGCGCAUACGAUAAAUACGGCACGAAGAUGGCGACAUCCACGGACGCCAAAGGCGUAACCAAGAAGGCAUCAACUGAUGGUAUAAUGCGAGAUCUGCAGAACCAAUUGCGCACAGCUCACAUUAAUCUACCAGACUUGUCAACAUUGGCACAGAAGGGAGAAGAACAGUUGGUUGAAAAGUUCCUUUCCGAGAGCGUUGAGGUGAAGGGAGAAACAGGAGAAGUUUUACAGAGUCAAAUUUACAUUGCUGCUUUUUGGGGUUUUCAUGAUGUCAUCAAAGGGUUAUUAGAAGCAGGAUCUGACAUCAAUUAUCAGAACAAGAGCACACUGUGGACUCCCCUUCAUGCUGCCACAUUCCAAGAACAUGGAAAAGUUGUAAUGUUAUUACUAAAGAAUGGAGCUCAACCAGAGUUGCCUGAUAUGGAAGGAAGAACACCGACAGAUUUUGCUUCAGCGUCAAACAAGAUCUGGGCUCACUUUGCUGCUUUAGGCUGCCCCCGCACAUCCAAACAAGACCUCAUUGCAAAGGGAAUCAUCAAAAAGAUUACAGCGAGCGAUAGUCGACCUGGAAGUGGUGCUCGACCUGGGAGUGGUGCUCGACCUGGGAGUGGAUCUCGACCCGAUAGCGGAACCAAAGUAGUAUCAGGAAUAAGAAUGGCAUCAUACUCAAGACCUGAAUCAGCCUAUGCUAUCAGACAAGAUCCUUUUUCCAAGCGAAAUGGACAAGAUUCCUUUGCCAAGAGAAAUGGAAACAAUUCAUCUCAGAUGUCUGCUCUACUUGGAGGAGACGUUCUAGCUGAAGAUGAUACUCCAUCAGCACCCAGCUCACAGACAGAGGGUCAGCCAGCUUUCUCGGUCUGGAGGACAUGAAAACAAGUGUGUGGGACCAAAGUGAAGUUUUUUUAUUUAGGACCAAAAGAAAUAAUGCGCAUGAUCUGUCAAAUCUAUGUGGAUUACUCAAGUCUUGUUGAGACAGAAGAGGCUUUUUUUGUGUGGAGCUCACUAUCAUAGAUUGCUAAGGACAUACUUGCAAUUCAGGAGGAGAAAAUUGUAGAUUUUUUUAAACUUCUUUUCAAGAACCACUUCUUUUUAAGUUGUUGAUUAAGAUCAUUCUUCUAUCAGUGGGAUAAGAUGAUGUUACUGUACUACAUUUGAGUCUCUUUGAUAGAAGUGCCAUGCGUCCUUUAACGUUGUCAUGAAUUAUGAUUAUGUUUAAAAUUUCCAGUUUUCCAACAUGUGAAAUAGUUAAGUGUAUCCCUUGGUUUUUGUCUCGCCUGCGUAGCAAAAAGCGAAACAUAGGCGCCGCUUUUCCGGUGACGGGGCCACCCUGCCAAUGAAUAAUGUCCCAACCUCAAUUUUUCAUCAUAUUGAAUUGCGUAAUGCAGGCGAGACCGCCGAGAGCGUUUCCCUUGUUUUGUUUUCGUUCACUUUGUCACAUUAGCUCUCCUGCUGUUGUUUCAUCUGUUCAGAUAUUUAAAGAAUCAAAAUCAUUCUGUAUGCAAUGGAAUGCUUUGCAUUUUACUUGCCAUUAUGGAACAGAAAGGAAAGUUCCCACAGCAAUAUAUAAAUAAAGGCAAAAUAAUAAUGAUAGUAAUUCAUUCAUAUUUUUAUAAACAAAGACAUUGUAAUGAAUAGUUUUGUGUAUCUUGAAAACUGAACCUAUUGUAACCUUUUUCCCCAUCCUAAUUUAUUUUGUAGUUUAUUUGGAUUUUCAUGAGUUUAAAUGUUUGAUCAUUUUAAUUUCCAUUAACUUAAAAGAAGUAUUUCCCAUGUAAUCAGUUUCAGUGUGGAUAUAGAUGUUGUCUUAUAUUGCCAUUUCUUGGUGACCCUGUGAUUCAACAUCAUCACUUUGUUACCAUCUCAUUUUUUUUUGUGAUAGCUGAGAGGACGGUGAAAUAAGUGUAAAUGCUCGCAUGAAUAUUGAAAUUUAGUACAAUGUUCUAUUUUUUUGCCGAUAUUAUAUUUGGAUCCGUCCUUCUUUGAAGUACAUCUAUUUCAUAUUGCUUUCUAGAAAAUCAAGUAACCUGAAAACGCUCUUACGCACAAUGCGCGCGCUAGAUAAAAAGAAACGCUAUAUCUUAUACGUGUGUUAUACCCUCGCACGCCGAAUCAUGAAAAUGUCACGCAUUGCGGAUCUUUGAACUUGGCGUUUCUGAUGUACUAUUAUUUUGCCAAUAUUAUAUUUGCAUCCGUCCCUCUUUGAAGAACACCUAUUUUCUGUGAGGUAUUGUGUGUACAUGCAGAAUGCUUUAGACUUCUAUUCUUCUUCUUCUGAUUAAGUCUGCCUCCUUCAAUUGACUGAAGAUUCUUGCAAACUAUGUGUGUGCGUGUGUGUUGUGUGUUAACCGCAAUUUACAUCCAUUUGUCCAUUUGUUGUUGUAUGUGAGGGUGUGUAUGUGUGUUUCUGAGAUGUAUCUCAUCGUAUGGCUUUGCUGGACAAGGUCAAAAAUGUUGUGCACUAGAAAUAAUUUUGGAUAUCAUCACGAUUUAUAUAGGAUUUCAUGCUGUAUAAUGUCAAUACCAGCAGUUGAAGUAUUCCUUGUCAUUUGAAGGACUAAUAUUCAAGUACUAAAUUAUUUCUUCUAUUGUCUGAUUAUGUAUCUCUCUGUUUUUAAUUGUAUUUGAAACCCAGCCUUUUGGUUGCGAUACAUAAAUUGAUGGAUAAAUAAUGAAUUUGAUUUUAAUGAAACAUGUGUUUAAAACCGAUAGAACAGCAAUUUGGCUGUCCUCACAAAAUAGAUAUGUACACUGCAUUUGUAAUGAAACAACAUCGGAACAGUGCCAAUUUUGAUAGCAGAAUUGCAAUGAUUUCUUGUAUUAACCCUUUUUGUGCUGUUGGUGGCAAAACCCACCCAAGACCUCAAUUAAUAUUCAAUCUCUCUCACAAUUACAGCACAAAUAUAUUAAAUGUUUAUGGCUGAAAGUAAUUUUAUCUUAACAAACUUCAUUUUAUUUACCAUUUUGCCAUUUUCUACGGUAAUCACAAUACCUAAAUAUCAGCAGAAGGAGGUGACUUUAUGUCGGUACAGUGGGAAUUGUUUUGAAUAGAUUUACAAGAAUUGUGUUGUAUGUUGUGUGCCAAGGAACAAUAUCUUUGAUUAAUUGAUUAGAAUCUUAAAAUUGAUGUAUUAGAGAAAUAGUUGUGAAUGUUUUAUUAAAUUUCAGAGAAGAGGCUUUCAGGGAAAGAUUUUCAUCCUCUUACUUUCAAAUGUCAUUACCGGUAUGUCAAUACAAGAUUACAGGCCCAUUCUUUCUGACA